AGCGGAGCGGAGCCCAGCGCCAGGCUGCCCGGCCGCUGCUGCCUCCCAUGCCAUCACAGCAACAAAGAGCGCGCUGAGGAGCGGGGAAGAGGCGCCCGGGCUCCAGGCUCCGCCAGCACAGAGGGCAGCGGGGGAAGAUGGCCAGGAAGGGGGAAGCCUCCACCUCUCCCUACGGUGAACCAAGGAAAUUUGACCCAAAGUUCAGAGGACCUAUUCACAACAGGCACUGUACGGAUGUUCUGUGCUGUGUAAUCUUCAUAGUCGUCAUUCUGGGUUACAUUGCAUUAGGAAUUCUGGCUUGGGUGCAUGGUGACCCCAGGAAGGUGGUCUAUCCAACUGACAGCUAUGGACAGUUCUGCGGCCAGAAGGACACCAUAAAUGAGAACAAGACCAGUUUGUUUUACUUUAACAUUCUGAAAUGUGCCAGCCCAAUAGUGCUAAUAAACCUACAGUGCCCUACAACACAGCUUUGUGUCUCAAAGUGCCCAGACAGGUUUGCAACGUACAUAGACAUGCAAGCUUCCUACAGACAUAACAAAAGUUAUUGGGAGUACUACAGGCAGUUCUGCAAACCUGGUUUUAAUAAGCCUUUGAAGUCUGUUGCUCAAGUGAUCCGUGAUGAAGAUUGCCCUUCGAUGAUCAUUCCUAGCAGGCCUUUUCUUAAAAGAUGCUUUCCUGACUUCUCCACGAAGAAUGGGAUUCUGACAGUGGCAAAUCAGACGACAUUCAAAGAUGGAAGAGGGAAAACAAGAAAUGUAACUGAUCUCAGGGAAGCUGCAAAUGGUAUCAAUAAUGUCCUUGAUGCAAGAUCAGUUGGGAUGAAAAUUUUUGAAGACUAUGCCAGUUCCUGGCAUUGGAUUUUAAUUGGUCUGUUCAUUGCAAUGGUUGUGAGCCUGCUCUUCCUUGUGCUCCUGAGGUUCACAGCGGGGGUCCUCUUCUGGAUUUUCAUCCUUGGCGUGAUUGGAAUUAUAGGAUAUGGUAUCUGGCAUUGUUACUGGGAGUAUGAUCAUCUUCAGGGGACACCUGGAUCUGACCUCACGAUCUAUGAUAUUGGCUUCCAGACUGACUUCAGAGUAUACCUGCAGCUGAGGCAAACAUGGUUAGCAUUUAUGAUAAUACUUUGUAUUGUGGAAGUCUUCAUCAUACUGAUGCUGAUCUUCCUGAGGAAUCGGAUCCGGAUUGCUAUUGCACUCUUGCAGGAAGGGAGUAGGGCUAUUGGCUACAUAAUGUCCACAUUAUUCUACCCCAUUAUCACCUUCAUUCUCAUUGCAAUCUGUAUUUCCUAUUGGGCAGUGACAGCUGUUUUCCUGUCUACAUCAGGGGAACCUGUGUAUAAAGUAAUGGCUAAUCAAACACUGUGCAAGUAUGCAAACCUGACCUGUGACCCAGAGACUUUUAACACAACCAAUGUGACCAAAUUAUGUGUUGGUGCUCAGUGUACUUUUGCUUUCUAUGGGGGAGAAAGCUUCUAUCACAAAUACAUCUUCAUCUUUCAACUCUCCAAUGCUUUUGUCUUUCUGUGGCUGGUAAACUUUGCAAUUGCACUGGGUCAGUGUACCCUUGCUGGUGCCUUUGCCUCUUACUACUGGGCCUUUAGAAAACCUGCUGAUAUUCCAACGUGCCCACUCUUUUCUUCAUUUGGACGAGCAAUACGAUAUCACACAGGUUCACUAGCAUUUGGAUCAUUAAUUCUUGCAAUAGUCCAGUUGAUUAGAAUAAUCUUGGAGUACCUGGAUCACAAGCUGAAAGGUACACAGAACUCCUUUACGAGAUUUCUGCUCUGUUGCCUCAAAUGCUGUUUUUGGUGUUUGGAAAAAUUCAUAAAGUUCAUAAACAGAAAUGCCUACAUCAUGAUUGCGAUAUAUGGUAAAAACUUCUGCACCUCAGCAAAGGAAGCGUUCUUUCUGCUAAUGCGGAACGUGGUGAGAGUUGCAGUGCUGGACAAAGUUACAGAUUUCUUGUUGUUCCUUGGGAAACUUCUCGUUGCUGGCGGUGUAGGUGUUCUAGCCUUCUUUUUCUUCACACAUAGAAUACCAGUGUUCAAACAAGAAACCCCAACAUUAAAUUACUACUGGGUACCCCUGUUGACUGUCAUUAUUGGCUCUUACCUAAUUGCACAUGGGUUCUUCAGUGUCUAUGCAAUGUGCGUUGAUACACUUUUCCUCUGCUUUUGUGAAGAUUUGGAAAGAAAUGAUGGAUCCACAGCAAAACCGUACUACAUGUCAGCUAGUCUGCACCGAAUUCUGGGAAAGAAGGAACUAAGCCCUAAGAAGGCAAUGGGAUAACUUUAAAAAAUUGCUGAAAAUCAAAACAAUGUCACUUUUAAGUGGGAUGUGUAUAAACUAGGCAAAAGUUAAAACUGUAAAUGAUGCUUCUGGUUGAUGGGUGAUUCUUUUUAUUUUUGCUUGUAUCUAAAAUCAAUUAGCAAUUUGGUAACAUCUAACUAGAUAGGGAAAUGCUUAAACUAAGAGCUGUGAAACAAGGCCACAUUUUAGUUUAUAGAGUGCCUAUGAAAAAGGAAAAUGUAAAUUUGAAUCAUUUUUUAUCCAUAGCUAAAAGUGUUUUAAUAACUUUUGUAACACAGGUUGCUGUUUCAAAUGACAGCUGUUUUGAUAACAUUUCUUUUUUUAUAAGUGUAUCUUUGUAAAUGAUAUUCAGGCAAUUUUUGAAAGCACUACAAUGUAACCUAAUUAGCCAUAAAAAUAGAUCAAGAGACUCUAGCAAACCAGCAGAUGGUACUAAAUUUGUAAAUAUGGUGCUAUGGUUGUAUUUUUACUGUACAAGCUGGUUGGCAGCGAUUUAAACUGUGAUUAUAUAUGUACUAAUAGUUCCCUACAUAGAUCUUUUGAUCACCUCCAUUACAAACUGUAUAUGUUAAUAAAUGAGAAAGGGUAUCACACAGGUUCAGUCUCAAAGAAGGUAGCUAGAGUAGACUACAGCUAAAACUGCUUUAUAGUGAAAUCUGUUAUAACAUAACCCCCUUUAGAACAGAAGUUGGGUUAAACAUUAACCUCCAUUGAAGGAGUGUUCCACUGUACUUGAAGAACAUGGUUUGUGGUUCCCACAAACUUUCUAUUUCCAUCUGGUGCAAGAUGAAAAAUGUAUAGCUUUCAGCUGCUGUGAAUGGGAGAUGCCCUUGUAUUA